UAGUAUUGGUCAUGAAAUGGUCAUUAAACCAGUGCCACAUGAAUUGAGCCCAAAUAAAGAACAAGCACAUCAUAUAAUAUAUAAACGUGAAGCACAGCCCUUGGAACAUUUAAGUGAUUUUGCUUUUAUGGAACCCGAUGAUCUAAGAACAAGUGAGAAAUUGGAAAAACUGCAACGUCGCCAAAAGCGUUCAGCAAACUUAGAUGACACGGCGGAAUUAACAAAAGAAGAUGAAGACGCUAUGCAUGAUGAAUUGACUGAAGAUGAAGAAGAGCAUACACGUGCUAAACGGCAAGCACCUUACAUCAUUUAUCCCGAGGUUUUGGUUAUUGUGGAUUACGAUGGUUAUCGGUUGCAUGGUGGAGAUAAUUUGCAGGUGAAACGUUACUUCAUCUCUUUCUGGAACGGCGUAGAUUUGCGUUAUCGUUUACUUAAAGGUCCUAGAAUACGUAUAAGCAUUGCUGGUAUUAUUAUCUCAAGGAAUGCAAGUAAUCAAUUAAGAUACAAAUUGAUUAUUAAACAAAUUCCUGUGAGAUUGUUGCAUACAGUAGAUGAAGAUGAAGAUAAAGAUCAAUGA